UAGCGCCAGCAGUAGGAGGAAGGUGGAGGGGGUAGGACACUGGGGUGCUGAGAAUUCCUUUCGCUGGGGUGUGGAGGGAGUAGAUAUUCUGGGAUAUCACUGCUAACACUCCACCGGGAAACGUGUUUCUUUGGCGUUUUUCAAAUGGAAAUCUGAGGGAGAAUUUUUGAACACUUCAUGGUGAGUGGGGAUCAUUACAGGGUUAAAUGGGGAAGAUACUUUUCUGGCCCUCCAACUCUCUGCAAAGCGACUGGUGAUAAUGGUCUUGGUGUGUCGCCGUUUUACUUUGGUGGAUCCAGUUUCCUUUCCAUCUCAGCACAGUCGGAGCUGAGAGAGCGGGAUCUGGUAGGCCUUCUGGCACGGACCCCUCAGAGGAUCAUCUUCAAGGGAUCUUCUUUGGAGUUGUACUGUGCAUGGCAAGGAUCUACUUUCUUGCUGCCCCACUGAAAUUGCAUGGCCUAAACGAAUGAAUAUUUUUAUGAGGCGCCUUGCACCAGAAAUGGGCCAGGACCAAACCAAGCAGCAGAUAGAGAAGGGCCUGAGGUUGUAUCAGUCCAAUCAGACAGACAAAGCCCUGCAUGUGUGGACAAAAGUGCUGGAGAAGACCUCAGAUCCUGGAGGGAAGUUUCGGGUGUUGGGGUGCCUGAUCACAGCUCAUUCAGAGAUGGGAAAAUAUAAAGAUAUGCUCAAGUAUGCCCUCGAUCAGAUUGACACAGCCAGAGAAAUGGAGGACCCUGACUACCUGACAGAGGGCUACCUGAACUUGGCGCGCAGCAACGAGAAGCUGUGUGACUUCCAGAAAACAGUCUCCUACUGUAAGACCUGCUUAAACAUGCAGGGCACCACCGUUAGCCUGCAGCUCAACGGACAGGUAUGUCUUAGCAUGGGCAACGCCUUCCUAGGCCUCAGUGUCUUCCAGAAAGCUUUGGAGAGCUAUGAGAAAGCCCUUCGCUACGCACACAACAACGAUGACAAGAUGCUGGAGUGCAGGGUCUGCUGCAGUCUGGGAAACAUCUACGUCCAACUUAAGGACUAUGAGAAAGCCCUGUUCUUCCCCUGCAAAGCAGCUGAGCUCGUCAAUGACUACGGCAAGGGUUGGAGCCUCAAGUAUCGAGCCAUGAGCCAGUACCACAUGUCUGUGGCCUACAGGAAACUGGAGCGCCUGCCAGACGCCAUGGAGUGCUGUGAGGAAUCCAUGAAGAUUGCUCUGCAGCAUGGUGACCGUCCUCUGCAGGCUCUGUGCUUACUAAACUUUGCAGACAUACACCGCUGCAGGCGUGACACUGAUAAAGCAUUCCCUCGCUACGAGUCUGCACUGGGUAUCAUGACUGAGAUUGGAAACCGUCUCGGACAAGCACACGUCUACCUGGGUGUCGCUAAGUGUUGGCUUCUGCAGAAAGACUUUGACAAGGCUCUUGAUUCUUUGCAGCGAGCACAGGAAUUAGCCGAUGGAAUGGGAAACAAGCUGUGUACACUGAAGGUUCACUGCCUGAGCGAGGGGAUUUAUCGAAUCCGUGGGCAGCAGGAGGAGCUCAGAGAGCAGGUGGUGAAGUUCCUGCAGUGCGUGGAGGAGCUGGAGCUCUACUGUGGCAUGUGUGGAGAGUCCAUCGGGGACAGGGACCAAAAGCUGCAGGCCUUGCCCUGUUCCCACGUUUUCCAUCUCAAGUGUCUGCAGACAAACGGGACAAAAGGUUGUCCUAAAUGUUUCAAGUCCUCCAUGAAGCCUGGAUUUGUGUGAUUGUGAGACGUUGUUUGUGCGUUGGAUCUGCAGACACAGCGUGAUGCCUCCCAGGCUCCUGACUGAUCUGAGAGAGGCAGGCAGCCUCAGGAUGUGCUGAAGAUGUUUGAGGAGUAAUAAUUCACCGCUCUGUGCAGAGGAUGCUGAACAGAACCCAGAGUGUCCCAGAGUGCGGCUCUGAGGACACGAUCAAGGCAUCCAUCAUAUUUGCAGACGCCAGUCUGUGAGUGACUGAAGCUGAGGGAAGAGGUAGAACUGACAGAGUUACAUUUCAGUAUAAGCUGACGAAGAAAGAGCCUACACUGUCUCUGAUGACUGGCUAUUUGUUGCAGAAUUUAAACAGAGAGGAGCAUUUAUAACUUGGUGUAUUUGCUGUUUGCUUUAGAAUUGUUUAGUAAAAAUGUGAUGAAAUGAUCUGCGGAAGAAUUCAGUGAAAUCUCAGUAAUCUUAGUCACAGGGUUUGUCAUUUAAAUCCAACAAUACUUUUUACACCACAUAUGCCAGUUUUUUGUUUUUUGUUUUUUGUUUUUUUUUUUAAUCAGAGCACAGAGCCAUUUCUGAAUUUAACUGAUUUCAUACUUGCUAUAUUUAUUGUUGUAUUCAUGUACAUACUAUUCUCAUAUUAAUUUGUUUUAAAAGUUUGAUUUAUUUGAGGUGUUUUGUAAAACCUAAAACUAAAAUCUCUUAACCAUUCAAAAACUUGUAUGUCUUUACAAAUCAGGUACAUGCAGCUGUUUUUUUUCCUUCUUCACAAAGAUUAAGGAUCAGACUCAACACACAUUGUGUUCAUAGAAAUUCCUUUUCUGGACAUGUUUUACUCUUAACUCAUGACAUCAACACAAUAUUAUUGCAAUUCGAGGAUAAAUAUUGUUGAGAAACCUAUUGGGAAAGGAUCUUCUUUGACCAGUCACACACUUGUCAAAUAAUUAUUUAGAGGAGAAACAUACUGUCUGUUUUAAUGUAGAGUUUUCACAUUUGUAGUCAAAUGUAAAGAUGAAUUAAUUGGUAUAAUCUCAAAAGUCAAAUUGAGAUUAUUUUCUUGCAAAGGCAUUGUCAUUUCAAGGUGAUUUAGAAGGUGAAAGCCAAAAAGCUGGACUGUCAUGUUAAUUGUUGCAUGUUUUAUUUACAAUACCAAGCAACAAGGUUGGAUUACUUCAAAUCAUGUAUCCAUUUAACUGUGUAUUUACUUAUUUCAUAAUUGUUUGUUAUAGUAUUUCUUAAUACUCUGUGGCUUUUAUCAUUCAUAUUCCUUAUAUAUUUGUUCAGUUUAUUUUAAACAUUUUUUGAUUUGGGAAGAAAUUGAGUUGUAGGGUGGAAACAGCACGAAUGCCUGGUACUGCAGGGACAAUCGUUUAAACAAAUACUAUUAAUGAUUUAUAAAACAUUCAUAGUUAAAACAAAGAGGCAACAAACUUGUUUCAUCUGACAAACUUGAGGAAUGCACAAAAAAAUUUGAAUUCAGGUUUAAAUUUUUUUUUAAGUGUUUCAUUUUCUCUCUUCUUUAGAUCAUGUGAGCAGGUUGAUGGCAUGAGAAGGGAGAGACCAACACCAUUGCCUUUACUGCACAAGCACUUACGUUUCUCGCUGUAAGAACACACCAAUGCUUGACCUCACCUCUGAGUAGCACCUGGUUAUUGUUUGAGGUCUCUGCAUCCAAAAUAAUGUUAACUAACUGUCUGUUUACCUGUCGUACGGUUGACGUACAACUCUUGUAAAGCAUAGAUAUUAUCUACACCGUUUAGAUAAGUCUUGUCGUCUGGUGCAUAGAGAAUAUUUUACUGACAGUACAGCCACUCAUCUUUAAUGGUUUAAACUACCUCUGUUUUUGACUCCUCUUCAGAGGAUUAAUGCAGUAAUAACACAACAUUUAAAUACAUGUAGAAUUGUUAUCUUUUUCUAGACAUCAUGUUGAUAUAACCGUGAUUUUAAAUGAUUUAGAGUCUGACUAAAAUGCAUUGUUAAUAUAUUUAUGCAUUGAGUCGAUCCAUGUUACUGUGUCCAACAUGGAGACAUUAUGGAAA